AUGCACCACCACGUGUAUCGUCGUGUCGAGUACGACAAGAACGGGCCGUACUCGUUUCCGCCGCGAAAGCCGGCGGCGUCGCUCGAGGAGAGCAUGGACCCGGCCGACUUCCCGGCCCGCGAGAUCUGCCACCACUUCCCCUGGAACGGACCCGAGGGCCGAAGUGCGGAGGACAUCGCCGCCCAACGGCGCGACGAGGCCAACGCCAACCAAGCCAAAGCUCGGAGAACCGGUGGCUGGAAAGGUUGA